CCCCCCGGUGCCCCCCGGGCCGCCGCCUUCCCGCUGUGCCCUCGUUACGGACCCCAGCAGCAGGGCAGCGAGGGCGGGUGCUGCGGCGGGGCCGCAUCCAGCCCGGCCGCGGGGCCGAGAGCCGCAGCCCCGUUUAAGAGGCGGCCACAGCCCCUCACAUGACGGAGGUGUGACUGCCCGGGCCCAGCGCGGGGCUGCGAGCAGGAUGGCGCUGAGCAGAGGGCGGCUCUGCGGGCCCCGUGGGGCAGAUGGCAGUGGGGAGAGCACCCGGCUGCUGUCCCAGGAGUCCAGGCUGGUGGAGCUGCCCUACUCCUCCUCUGAUGAUGAUGAUGGUUCACUGGCUGGGGACACAGAUCUUGCCACAGCUGAGCAAGACCCUGGGGAGUGGUACCCUGUCCCCUCCAAACCCAGCACCUUCAGCCAGUGUGUGCGGUACCUGGCCUUCCUCUGGAACCUCCUCUUCCUCCUGCUGGGGCUGCUGGCCCUGGCCGUGGGGCUGUGGGGGCUGGUAGCCAAGGGCUCUCUGGCAGGCGAGCGCUUGGCGCCGCUGGGCUCCGACCCCAUGCUGCUGUUUGUGCUGGCGGGGCUGGGAGCCAGCACCAUCUCCCUGGCCGGUUGCCUGGGCUCGCUCCGCUCCAGCCCCUGCCUGCUGCGCUUCUUCGUGGGGGCCGUGCUGGCGUUCGCGGGGCUGGAGGUGCUGGGGGGGCUGCUGCUGCUGGCGGCGCGGCAGCGGCUGCGGGACGGGCUGCGGGACGCUCUGCUCCUCUGCCUCCUGCGCUACCAGGAUGAGCCCGACCUGCGCUUCCUGGUAGACGAGGUGCAGCGGAGCCUGAGCUGCUGCGGCCUCGGCUCCUACCGCGACUGGGAGACCAACCCGUAUUUCAACUGCAGUGCCCCGGGGGUGCAGGCCUGCAGCGUCCCUGCCUCCUGCUGCCUGGACCCCUGGCAGAACGGCACCGUGGCCAAUGCCCAGUGUGCCUUUGGGGCGCUGCGCCUGGGGGACGUGGCGGCCGGCACCGUGGUACACCUGGAGGGCUGCGUGGCACGGCUCAGCGCCUGGCUCCGUGCCCAGGCGGGCGGCAUCGUGGCCGGCGCGGCCGUGCUGGUGCUGGUCGAGGCCGUCGGUGUGCUCAUGGCACUGAAGAUGCUCAGGGACAUGGCAGCCGUGGGAGGGCGGGACUGAGGGUGUGCUGGCUGCCACCGGGG